AUGCAAGGGCUACGUAUUAUUUUAGUCUUAUCGGCUUUCGUAUUUGGGAAUGUGGAAUCUACUUUUCGAGAUUUUGAGUCCCUGAAAACCACAUACACAAUUGGUGUCAUCUUACCACCGAAAACAGUGACCGAAGUGGCAUUCGCGUCCGCACUAGCUCGAGCAUCCAUAGAAAGUAAACGUUACAAUUUUGUAAUGAAAAUAAUUUACAGUCCCAAUGGGGAUAGCUUUGCAGCAUCGAAAGCGGCUUGUGAGUUGUUAGAAGCUGGAGUGAUAGCCAUUUUUGGGCCAACUGAUCAAACAUCCGCGGAAGCUGUGAGCGCACGCUGUAGAGCUGCAAAAGUACCGCACAUACAAGCUCUAUGGAGGCCGCCACCUGUGAGGGGGUUAGAGCGAUCCGAUCUGUCUUUCCCAAAUAUUAAUAUUUAUCCCGAGGCGACUGCUUUGUCGAAGGCUAUCGCGCGUUAUAUAAAGGACAGCGAUUGGAACUCUUAUGCUUUACUUUAUGACGAUGACCAUGGGCUCAUUAGAUUGCAAGAAAUACUUAAAUACGCCAGACCCGAUCAUAAAUGGUUAGUGCGUAGACUGAAACCAGGUGAAGACAAUCGCCAACUGUUGAAGUCUUUGAAGGCGUACGGCACAACGAGAGUGAUAAUCGACUGUCAUUCUGACAGGGUUUACGAAUAUUUGAAGCAAGCUUUUGAAGUUAAAUUCUUUGAAGAUUACAUGAGCUACGUCUUAACAUCAUUGGACGCACAUACGCUAGACUUGCAAGAACUCCGACACGGUCUGUCAAACGUGACAUGCUUGAGAAUAUUCGACCAUUCCGAUGCGAGAACCAAGUCCUACCACGCUGAUUGGAAGACCAUCACCUCGAACGAUGUUAAAAUACCGCAACAGACUCACGAAAUCACUGUAGAAGCUGCACUUGCUAGUGACGCAGCGAGAUUAAUAACUGAUGCGAUCGAGGAUGCUCCUGAUGAAGUCAAAAUAGAAGCACAAAAUAUUGAAUGUGGAUCAGACAUGCAAUGGGAAAUGGGAGACAGUUUCGAACAGCACUUGUUAACGAAUCCAAUAAAAGGAAUCACUGGUCUAGUAACCGUAGAUAAUACGACAGGAGAACGAACAAAUUUCAACGUUGAGAUAAUGGAAUUGUCUAACAGUGGUUUUAACAGUAUUGCGACGUGGACUCCCGAAUCUGGAUUUGUUUAUGCCCGAACUGCUAACCAAGUUUCAGAUAUUUUGGCUGAGAAAUGGCAGAACAAAACUUUCAGAGUCGUAUCACGUCUCGGUGCACCUUACUUAGUUGAAAAGGUACCAAAAGAAGGCGAAGUAUUGACUGGAAAUGAUAGAUACGAGGGAUAUUCCAAGGAUCUUAUACAUGAAAUACUAAAAGAAUCGCUGAAUUUAAACUAUGUGAUCGAUAUUGUACCGGGCAAUGGAUACGGGUCGUAUGAUAAAGAUACCAAGAAAUGGAAUGGCCUGAUUGGUCAUCUUCUGGAACGGAAAGCUGAGCUAGCUAUUUGUGACCUAACUAUAACAUAUGAACGGAGGACUGCUGUUGAUUUUACAACGCCCUUUAUGACAUUAGGAAUCAGUAUUUUAUACUCAAAGCCAACGCCCCCGGAUCCAGAACUUUUCUCUUUUUUGAAACCAUUUUCUGUUGAUGUUUGGAUUUAUAUGGCGGCAGCAUAUCUGAUGGUUUCACUAUUGUUGCAUAUUUUAGCCAGGCUUUGUCCAAACGACUGGGAGAAUCCUCAUCCAUGUGACAAGUCUCCCCAAGAAUUGGAAAAUAUUUGGCAUAUAAAAAAUUCGUGCUGGUUGACUGUUGGAUCUAUCAUGACUCAAGGCUCUGAUAUAUUACCGAAGGGUUACUCGACGAGGUGGGUAUGCGGGAUGUGGUGGUUUUUCGCUCUUAUCAUGUGUUCAUCUUACACUGCAAAUCUAGCUGCCUUCCUUACUAACGCAGCGAUGGACGAUUCUAUUAAGAGUGCAGAAGAUUUAGCGUUGCAAACUAAAAUCAAGUACGGGACAUUGGAUGGAGGUUCUACUUCUUCAUUUUUUAGGCGUUCAAAUGUAUCAACAUAUCAACGAAUGUGGAGUGCUAUGGAGUCUGCACGGCCGUCUGUCUUCGUUAAGAACAACGAUGAAGGCGUGGAAAGGGUUUUGAAAAGCAAACGAUCAUAUGCAUACUUCAUGGAGUCUACGGCGAUUGAAUACCAGUUGGAAAGGCAUUGUGAUUUGAUGCAAGUCGGUGGGCCACUAGACUCGAAAGGAUAUGGCAUAGCUAUGCCAUUUUUUUCAUCAUAUCGCACCGCAGUUGACAAUGCAGUUUUGAAAUUGCAGGAGAGUGGAAGAUUAUUGGAACUCAAAAAUCGUUGGUGGAAAGUACCAGAGGAAAAAGCUUGCGUUGCUGAAGAAGCCACCGAAGAAGGGGCAAGCGCGGAAGAGCUGGGCGUCGAUAAUGUGGGGGGCGUUUUCGUUGUUUUGGGGAUUGGGUGCGGUAUGGCGGCUGCGAUGGGAGGCUUGGAGUUUCUAUGGCAUGUCAGAGAUGUUGCCGUCGAACAGAAGAUGACGCCGUCCGAAGCAUUUUGGGCGGAAUUAACGUUCGCUCUAAGUUUUUGGGAGACAGAAAAACCUGUUCAACAUGCAAAGUCAUCAUCCUCUGGCUCCGGUUCUAAUAUAGCCUCGAGAGCAUCAUCAGUACUUCGUUCCGCUGUAGAUUUGUUCAACCUUGAUGUUUUUAACAAAUAGUAUUCAAAGAUCUUAGAGUAA